CACUAGCUUACUUGUUAUGAUAGUAAAAGAAAAAGAGUGAAAAGAAAAUUUGAAAAAGAAUGGCAGAAAAGAAACUGUACGAUUCUGCAACAAUCGGAGAUUUAGCAACACUCAAACAACUCCUCCAAACAAAUCAACACCUUCUUGAUGUAGUUUCAUUAACCUCAUGUCUGAAAAACGUGUUGCACAUUGCAAUAAAGAAGGGACACGAAAGCAUCGUGGCUGAGGUGCUGAAGAUCAACCCGGAGCUCUCUCUCGAGCUCGACUCCAACAACUCGUCGUCUCUCCACCUCGCGGCUGCAAAAGGGAACGCGGGGAUCGCGAAUAGAUUGAUGGAGAUAGCCCCUGAGAUGUGCUGGUGGCGAGACGGCCAUGAUAUGAACCCGCUUCAUGUUGCGGCCGUGAAGGGGAAUGAGGCGGUGCUGAAGGAGAUGCUUCGGCUGGACGCCUUUGUGGCUGCGGCGAGGCUGCAUCACCGACAGACUGUGCUGCAAUUGUGCGUGAAACAUCGUCAGCUUGGGACGUUGAAGGUUUUGGUGGAGGAACUGGGAGACACAGACCUAGUGAAUGCAAAGGAUGAUGAUGGAGAGACAUUGUUGCAUUUUGCUGUCAGGACUAAUCAACUUGAGGUUGUAGAAUACAUGAAGGGAAGUGGCAAAGUAGAGAGGUUGACAAAGAAUUUCGCUGGCAAAACAGCACUGGAUAUCUUGAACGAGAGCUUUCGAAACACAAGCACAUAUCCAAAAAUGAAAACAAUCCUCAAAAGUUUUUCAAGUCGGCCAAUAGCCCUAAGCUUGCCUAGGUUCACUGAGCUGACGAUAGUGGCGGCGAUCCUGAUAGCGACCAUGGCGUUCCAGGCGGCCGUCAGCCCCCCAGGCGGCGUAUGGUCACAAAACAAGCCCAAGGAUGAACCCGGGGCGAUGUACUACGCCGGCCAAGCAGUAAUGGCUACUAUCAUGCCCAGUAGAUACAGACAGUUCAUUCGUGUCAACAUCGUGUCAUUCAUUUCGUCUCUCGUGGCAAUCUUGUUCCUCGCCACGGCCGGCUCGUCAGACCAGUGGAUUUUUGCACUGCUAGCGCUCAUUUCGAUGUUGGUGUCAAUGGCAUCUAUCGGAGUAACUUAUGGAGCUUCGUUGAUCAUGACCAAUCCUUUCAUGAAAGAUUUUGGAUUGGAUAACUCUAUUAUCAUAUCUGCCUGUGUGUUCGCAGGAGUCAUGUUUUUUAUCUUUGUUAUUAGCUCUUUCAGAAGUGGGACGGGAAGCGUGAAAAGAAUUAUCAAGAAGAUUGGGCCCACCUCCUGCAACUUUGUGUAGCUGCCGGAGUUAUGGAAUUCACCUUUGAGUAGGGUUGAAUAGUUAUGUUACUUUAAUGUUGGAUUGUGUGUUGUUAUCGAGAAGUGUGUUUUCUUUUCGGUUCUUUCCCAUGAUGCGGUUGUUGAAUAGACAUGUUUGUUAUAUUUUUACGGUGAAAGCAUGCUUUGCGCUUCUUGUUUGUAUGUGACUUUCUUUAUCAAUUGUAAUAAAAAUAUUUCUAUCA